ACCGGAGCGGGCGCGCGAGGGAGGCGGCGGGCGGGGAGCGAGCGAGGCAGAGCGAGUGGGAGCCGGGCGGAGCGAGCGAGGGAGGCCGCUGUCCCCCCCGGCGGCGCCCGGGGCCUUGGUCCACGCCGAGGGGAGGAGGAACUUCACCAGGUAAUUUUUCCUGCAUAAUGAAUUAAGCGAAGAGGAUCCUUACUCCUUAGGAAUGGAGAGCAGUCUGACAGGGUCCAGGAUGCCAGACCCCGCAUCUUCCCCCUUGGGGAAACAUCAGAGCUCAGCGAACGGUAACGGAGACCUCGAUUCAGAAGAAGGUUCAAGCUUGGAGGAAAUUGGCUUCAACUGGGGGGAAUAUUUGGAAGAAACGGGCGCCAGUGCAGCUCCUCACACAUCAUUCAAACACGUUGAAAUCAGCAUUCAGAGCAACUUCCAGCCGGGCAUGAAAUUGGAGGUGGCUAAUAAGAACAACCCGGAUACGUACUGGGUGGCCACCGUGAUCACCACCUGCGGGCAGCUGCUGCUCCUGCGCUACUGUGGGUACGGGGAGGACCGCCGGGCCGACUUCUGGUGUGACGUGGUGAUCGCGGAUCUCCACCCCGUGGGGUGGUGCACGCAGAACAACAAAGCCUUGAUGCCCCCGGAUGCAAUCAAAGAGAAGUAUACGGACUGGACAGAAUUUCUCAUUCGUGAUUUGACUGGUUCCCGGACAGCCCCGGCCAACCUUCUAGAAGGACCUCUGCGAGGGAAAGGCCCUAUAGACCUCAUUACACUUGGUUCCUUAAUAGAACUUCAGGAUUCUCAGAACCCUUUUCAGUACUGGAUAGUUAGUGUGAUUGAAAAUGUUGGAGGAAGAUUACGCCUUCGCUAUGUGGGAUUGGAGGACACUGAAUCCUAUGACCAGUGGUUGUUUUACUUGGAUUACAGACUUCGACCAGUUGGUUGGUGUCAAGAGAAUAAAUACAGAAUGGACCCACCUUCAGAAAUCUAUCCUUUGAAGAUGACCUCUGAAUGGGAAUGUGCUCUGGAAAAAUCCCUUACUGAUGCCACAAAGUUUCCUCUUCCGAUGGAAGUAUUUAAGGAUCAUGCAGAUUUGCGAAGCCAUUUCUUCACAGUUGGGAUGAAGCUAGAAACAGUGAAUAUGAGUGAGCCCUUUCAUAUCUGUCCUGCCUCGGUGACCAAGGUCUUUAACAAUCAUUUUUUUCAAGUAACUAUUGAUGACCUGAGACCAGAGCCUAGUCAACUCUCAAUGCUGUGCCAUGCGGAUUCUUUGGGGAUCCUACCAGUCCAAUGGUGCCUUAAAAAUGGAGUCAACCUCACACCUCCCAAAGGUUACUCUGGCCAGGACUUCGACUGGGCGGAUUAUCACAAGCAGUGUGGGACAGAAGAAGCACCUCCCUUCUGCUUCAGAAAUACAUCCUUCAGUCGGGGUUUCACAAAGAACAUGAAGCUGGAAGCCGUCAACCCCAGGAAUCCAGGAGAACUCUGUGUGGCCUCUGUCGUCAGUGUGAAGGGGAGGUUAAUGUGGCUUCGCCUGGAAGGCCUGCAGACUCCUGCUCCGGAGUUUAUCGUGGACGUGGAAUCCAUGGACAUCUUCCCAGUGGGCUGGUGUGAAGCCAAUUCUUACCCUUUGACCACACCACACAAAACAGGGUCACAAAAGAAGAGAAAGAUUGCAGUGGUGCAACCAGAAAAACAAUUGCCAUCCACAGUGCCUGUUGAGAAAACACCUCACGACCUUUGUUUAUUUCCUCACCUGGACAGCACAGGUCCGGUCAACGGGAAGUACUGCUGCCCUCAGCUCUUCAUCAACCACAGGUGUUUCUCAGGCCCCUACCUGAACAAGGGGAGGAUUGCAGAGCUGCCGCAGUCUGUGGGGCCCGGCAAGUGUGUCCUGGUUCUUAAAGAGGUUCUCAGCAUGCUCAUCAAUGCGGCUUACAAGCCGGGGAGAGUCUUACGGGAACUGCAGCUGGUGGAAGAUCCACACUGGAAUUUUCAGGAAGAGACGCUGAAGGCAAAGUACAGAGGCAAAACAUACAGGGCCGUGGCCAAAAUCGUACGAACGUCUGACCAAGUGGCGGAUUUCUGCCGGCGAGUUUGUGCCAAGCUGGAAUGUUGUCCAAAUCUCUUCAGUCCUGUGCUGGUUUCUGAAAACUGCCCGGAGAACUGCUCCAUUCACACCAAAACCAAAUACACCUAUUAUUAUGGGAAGAGAAAGAAGAUCAUUAAGCCCCCGAUUGGGGAAAGCCCCGUGGAGACCGGGCACCCCAAACCUGCCAGGCGGAGGAAGCGGCGGAAAUCCAUCUUCGUCCAGAAAAAGCGGAGGUCUUCCGCCGUGGACUUCGCGGCCGGCUCGGGGGAGGAAAGCGAAGAAGAGGAUGCAGAUGCCAUGGACGACGACACCGGGAGUGAGGAAACCGGCUCCGAGCUCCGGGAUGACCAGACGGACACCUCGUCGGCCGAGGUCCCCUCCGCCCGGCCCCGGAGGGCCGUCACCCUGAGGAGCAGCUCCGAGGCGGAGCGCCGGGCGCCGGUGGAGAGGGCGCGGAGGGGCCGGCGAGCGCAGACGGCCUCGUGCGCCGACGGCGGGGACCAGGGGACGGCCGCCGGCCAGGACGCGGCGGAGGAGGUAAAACAAGAGGAGGAGGAGAGGCUCGUUCUGGAGAGCAACCCAUUGGAGUGGACCGUGACCGACGUGGUGAGGUUCAUUAAACUGACCGACUGCGCCCCCUUGGCCAAAAUCUUUCAGGAACAGGACAUCGAUGGUCAGGCACUCCUGUUGCUGACUCUUCCUACGGUGCAGGAGUGCAUGGAACUGAAGCUGGGACCCGCCAUCAAGUUAUGCCAUCAGAUCGAGAGAGUUAAAGUGGCUUUCUACGCCCAGUAUGCCAACUGACUCCGCCUUCUCUGGAAGCGGACCGGUAUCUUGGUGAUGCAAGUGUCCUGGGAAGGUUUUUGGGACUGAAGCUUUUAUUUUUCUGGGCUACAUGAGAUGGUACAUAAACGAAGUAUCACCAGGACGCAAGAAGCACGAAGGAACUCUUCACCCACUUAGCCUGACUGAUAUUUCCGUGUCUUUAAAGCACACUCAAGUAUCACCAACCACAACAGUGGCUCCUGGAACAUGUAAAUUAAAGUUCUAUCUUGGCCCCUGCGGGACGUGGGAGAGCAUCUUUGUAUAUCCUCAUCUCGCCUUUCUCCCACCCCAAACCAGGCAGCUUCCUCUAAACAAGAUUUCCUAAACUGAGGCUCACGUUUCUUUGAAAACUAAGGCACAGUUGGUGGCUUUUCGAAUAUGACCGAGGAGGUGCCUGGCUGGUAGAUUUUGCUAUAAUCAUUCUCAGGCGCAUUUACAGAUGCCUCUUUCCAUAUCGAUACACAUGUGGCUGUGGUGGUGGCUGUCACCGCAGUUUGAUCUUGGUAGCAACUCAUUUCUUGAACACACCUGUAGGCGAUGUUUCAGGAUUUAGUGAUAACAAGACGGGCUAACCCUGCAUCCUGUCAGAGGUGCCUUUUAGGAAGGAGUGGGAGCGAAGGCAGGUGGCGUGUCAUUGCCUUGAGAUGGUUUUUCUUGCGUGAUGGAUAUCUAGAAAGUCCCUAGAGUGGAGCUCUAUUUGCAGUCUUUCAUAGAACCUCAGAUCUCUCUAAUGUUCUGAGUCAACUGUAACCAGAUCAGGGAAUGACUCCUUGAGUCUCUUGGGAAAUGUUGAGUAUAUUGAAGACAAAGCUUAAUUUCAGAGAGCAAGAGUGGGAAGAGAUGUGAGAGCUUUUCAAAAACCAGCGACAUCCCCUUAGAAGGGUGGUGGCAGCAGGUUCCCCAAAGAGAUUCCCUUGGACGCCACUGUCGCUCAGUGCAGCCCUGGCACACCCAUUUACUGUGCCGAUGACGAGGCCAGUGUUCCCAGUGGGAGGCAUCAUAGCGAGCACUGGACCUGGAGUCAGCCCCGGUUCUUAUCCUGGUGUGGCUCAUCUCUAACUCUGUGAUCCGGGGGGACCUUGACUUCCUCUGGACCUCAUUCCUGCACAGCAACAGGUCAGACACUUACAAGUGCAGGGCUUCACACAGGCCCCUCGUUGUCUCCAGCUCCUCAUGAUGUGAGAGAGGAGUCCAGAGUGGCCAGGAUGAGAGAAAGAAAAUAAAUGAAAAAGAACUGUGUCCCCAAAGCUUUUAACUCUGGGAUUCCUGCCGCUCGGUCUGGCUCUGAGGUUGCUUAUGACCUUUCUCGGGCAUUUUUCAUUAAAUUGGUUAAGUCCUUUGCACAGAGAUCUGUGGCUCUCAGAGUGGGCUGGCCUUUUCUCCCAGGCACUUUGUUGUUUGUAAGCCCAUGAGUGAUCCAGUGUAUUCUUCAAACCCAAAUGGACUCCUCUGUUCUGUUGUGAUUGUUGCCCAAAUGCCUUUUCAAACUUAUGCAAGGAAACCCAUCCUUCACACAGUCCAGGGGUGGACACAGGCAGCGGAGGCCACGCACCCUUCUGUUACUUUUUCCCCCUAAUUACCUUGAUCUCUUCUCUUUGAUUAGAGUCUCAACAAUUCCAGUAACAUCCUGUGGUGGGCUGCUCAUGUUUCUGCUACCUUUGAAGACAUGAUUAUCCGUCAGGUUUUGGAAAGUUUGAUUACUAGUGCUAACUUGUAUGACCGUUCUGUGACUGUCACAGAGGGAAAUGGAAAACAAGUAUUUUGUGGUUGAGGCUUGUUCGUCUCCCCUGCAGCCGAUUCUGUAGUUAAGUUUGAAAAGUUUGGCAAAUCCCUUUGCCUGGGGGCCUCUGAUGGAAGGACCAGUGUCCUAAACUGUGCAAGCAGGCGCCCUCGUCCCGAUGGAAGUGUCCGUGGCCAUUCAUGCCGACUCACUGUCAGAUUUCUCUCUUCUAAGCUCCAGGUUCGACCUCCUCUCGAGUUCCCACCCUACCUUCUCAGCCACAUGCUUUUGGCCUUCAAUGCUCAGUCUUGUGGAGUUAAAUUCUGUCAGACAAGUGGAAAAGGCAUCCAUUUCAACAGCUUUGGCAUUUUCCCUGCGCUGGCUCAUUGAUGAUCUUCACAGUGGCCUUUGCAAGCUGAGCUGUUUCUGUUGCAUUUGAGGUGGGGAUGAGGGAAUGUGGUGGCUGCAACCUAUCCUUGUACUUUCAGAACGAAUGUCACCUUCUCGUGUCCUUUCAAGUGACGACACGGAGGAGGAGGUGCUACCUUGGAGUAAGCAGAUCUGGGGGUCUCUGGAGCCCGCCCAGAGGAGCUGGAAGACCUCCCACCAGCGGGCCCGAGCAAGCUGCCACUACCCUUGCUGGGGAAGCUCCCCAUGGGGCCGGAUGCCCAGCACUCUCCUCGUCAGCUUCAUCCUUACAGUUGAACUUCAGCCUCUCUGUUUGCGUGAUCAGUCACUCCAUCCGCUUCCACUCUUUGUGUCUGAGUGGUAAGGAGAGGAUGGCUGUGGCCUGAGGCAGAAGAAGGCCCAACUCUGGGGUGAUCAUCACGAAGAUGUCUGCGCGCCAUGUCCCGGCCCUUCUGAGAGCCGGGAAACAUUUUAGGACCAAGAAGAUGCUUUUGCUCUGCGUGUUGCCAUUGUGCUCCUGACCUUGGAUUUUUGGGGGGUUCCUGUGAUGGUGGGUGUGCAUCUUCACAUUGGUAGCACUUCAGCUACAGAAUUUCAUUUCUCUGUAGGAUUCACCGCACACCAGCUUCUGUCUUAGAAAUAGGGCCAGUUUCCAAGGAGCAUCUCCCUGUGUUGUUACUGUGUCUUUGUCUCUUAUUGCAAGAAGAAUUGAUUUUACAUGUUAGACCCCCCAGUCCAUCCACAGCCCCUGAGCCGAACCUUUCUCCGUCCCUGGAGACCUCUCCUCAGUCUCUCUGAUGAUACUUUGGGGUUAUGUACCUGGGUCCUGCAUACACCAUGCCGCUCAUUACCUCCCAGAACUGGCAGGAAGUGGGUUUUCCCUCUCCUGGCCAAGCAGGCACUUUGCAGUCUGCACAGUAUGUGCAACUUGAAAAGCAGAAAUGCCACCUCAUCUUUAACGCUCGGAGUCCAUCACUCGGUCGCGCCCAAAGGCUUGUUUCAGCCUCUGACUUUUUUUUUUUUUUUGAGGAAGAUUAGCCCUGAGCUAACAUCUACUGCCAAUCCUCCUCUUUUUGCUGAGGAAGGCUGGCCCUGAGCUAACAUCCGUGCCCAUCUUCC